AUUAAGUGUUAAUCUCUUUAAAAAAUUAUUGAUAAUGCAACGUUACACUAGUUUACUGUGGAAUUCGGAAAAAAAGACUGUGUUAGGAAAAAACGCGGUGAGUUUAAAAUCGAUUUUGAUUUUUUGUUUCGCGUCUAUGACAUUCGUUUUGUUAAUCAGCUGCGCUAUUAUGGUGGUGGCUUCUAUUUUAUUAAUGGAGGUUUCCUGGAUGUCUAUAUUUCUGGGCUCCGUAGUGGUAGCUCUUGGAGUCUACGUCAUUAUUUACACUAUGAAGCAAGCCAAAAGGGAGUAUCAAGAGGCGAAUGACAAUAACGAACCACAUCCUUUCUUUCAUCGCAAUCGCAUUCAGCUUAAUACUGAUAAAACUCCAAAAGCAUCCAUUAACGCAGAUAACUGUUUACUAAAUGCGAAAAACAUAAAUGGCCAUGAUAAAAUUAAAGAAUCUCUUGCCAAUAAAAAUAAAAAGAGGAGAAAGAGACACCUCGAACACCUUCAAAUGGAAUUGCCAUUAAAGAAUAAUAAUGCCUUAUCUAAUUAUCUGGACAACAUUAGUGAAGAUAAUGUAAAAGCAGAAAACAAAAGCCCAAAAGAUCUUGGCAAUUUGGUUAAAGAACAAAAAAAUGGUAACUUUCAAAAUUCUUCGGGAGAGAAUACUAAGUCUAAGAAGACCAAUGUCUCUGCAAAGAGUGAGGAAUCAAAGGAAAAUACUAUGAAACAUACUGGAGCUAUUCCUAAAACUACAAGAAAACCAACCUAUUUGACAUAUGAAACAGAAGAAGAAGUGGAGGAUAAUGUUUCUUUCAAAAAUCAAGAAGCACGUCCAAAACCUAUGCGUAAGUUUCCAGAGAAAAAAGAAGUGACCAAAGCCAAAAGCAUCUUCAAGAAAAUCUCCAAUGAAACUAAGACUCUGUUUCGCGCCGAUAAAUAUAGACGUUCUGACAGGAAACGCUUGAUUAAUUCUCCAAUUCUGCCAAAAAAAAAUCGAGUAAAAGCCGCUCAACGUCACACCGCUUCACGUAAAUUAGAAAUAAUAAGAAGAUCAACUCUCACCGACCCUUCCGUUACCAAAAAAUCUAUUAAGACCCAUGGAUUUAGGAAGUUUUUGAAUAAAGUUUUAAAUGCGGGAAAAGGACUGCCUCUUCAACCUAAUCAAGAAAUCCACCAUAAUUUUCUAACUAUUCGAAGAAAACCUAGAAAGGUACCUUUUAAAAAGUUAGAUGUCGUUUUUGAACACCAGGAGGUAGAAUUUGACACUUACUUAGAGCCGGAGGAGGAUAAAUCUGUAAUGAAUCAAAAUGGGGAUGUAAAAAAGAAAGAAUAACAAAAAUUCGAUGUAAAAGAACUUAGGAUAAUUUAGAGUUUUAUAAUAUUUUUCUUAAUUUUUUAUAUAUAUUUUUAAUUUUGAGAUUUUUUAAAUUAGUGUUAAGAAAUUUGCUGCAAUUAGCAUCUUUUUAAUUCUUAAUAGGUUUUUAUAGUUUGAUUCCAUAUAGUUUAGUUUGUUCGAAAAAAUUAUAAUCUUAAAUAUAGAAACAAUAAAAUUUUCAAAAAAAUUAUA